CCUAUUUAUUUUAUUUGAGAAAAUGAUAAUUUUUUAAAGUUUUUAAGUGAUUUUUGCUAUGAGAUUUCUUCAGUUGGCUCGAAAAUUGACCAAUAAUCUCGUAAGAAGGGAGUUUUCACUUAAAAUGUCUUCUAAGAAUCUUAUCUGGAUGGAUAUGGAGAUGACUGGGCUGGACAUCAAGAAGGAUCGUAUUCUGGAAGUCGCAUGCAUUGUGACGGAUCCGGAACUGAAUGUAAUCUCCAUGUCUGAGGACUACAUAAUCCAUCAGCCGGAUGACAUUCUCCGAGGCAUGAAUGAGUGGUGUGUUAAGACGCAUGGAGAGAGUGGACUCACAGAAGCUUGCAGGAAAUCCAAAUUCACCGUUGAUGCGGUUGAAGAGGAGCUCCUGAACUUCCUGAAGCAGCACGCAAUGGAGAAGGAAUGCCCACUGGCUGGGAAUUCCGUUUACAUGGAUAAAUUGUUUAUGCUGGAACAUAUGCCACGUCUGGCGGAUUUUCUUCAUUAUCGCAUUGUGGACGUAUCAACGGUUAAAGAGUUGUGCCGACGAUGGAAUACGGAUAUUUACUGGAAAGCUCCGAAGAAGAAACUCACACAUAGAGCUCUAGAUGACAUCCUGGAGAGUAUAGAAGAGUUAAAGUACUACAGGAAAUUCAUGUUCCUGCCUCAGGAAAAGUAGAAUUCGAAUUUUAUUUUAUGCUUCUGCAAAACAUAAUGAUUUUUACACAAUAAAUUAACAAAAUCUAAGUA